AUGGUGGGCUCUCCAGCAUUCGCGGCAUCAUUCAACGGGGUGUACAAUCACGGCCGACUGCUGGCGCUGGCAGAUGAGGAGGGGUACCUGACCAUCAUUGACACCUCCCAGGCCCUCCCCCGCAGCACUGCCGACGAGGCCGGGCCGCGCCCCUCUGCUCAGUGGCUCGCCCACCGCAACGCAAUCUUUGACCUGGCAUGGUUCAGGGAGGACGAGGCCAUGCUGGCGGCGUCGGGCGACCAGACCAUCUCCUUGUGGGACACGGGCAUGGCCGAGCAGCUGGGAACCUUCUGCGGCCAUACCGGCAGUGUCAAGACCCUGGACCCCAUGCCCGGCAGCCGACACGUCUUUGCCUCGGGGGCGCGCGACGGCCAGCUGGCGGUGUGGGACACCAGGAUCCACUCGCGGACGCCCGAGGGCGGCACCCCCCCCGUCCUCACCGUCCAGGGCCGCCCCAAGCUGUCCGUCACCUCGGCGCUCUUCCUCCCCGACGCCCGCACGCUGGCCACCGGUGGCGUGGACGGCAUGGUGAGGCUCGGGCUGAAGCAGCACGGCGUGACCUGCCUGGCGCUGCACCCCGACGGCGCGCGCCUGCUGGUCAGCCUGACCGGCGGGCACCACCUGGCCUUCGAUGUACUUCGCCCCGGGGCGGGGCCGCGCGCGGUCUACGCCGGGCAUGCCGCGGCCUCCUUCUACGUCAAGGCCGGGUUCAGCCCCGACGGCCGCUUCCUGGCCAGCGGCUCCUCCGACCGCCGCGUGCACGUGUGGGAGGGGCACGAAGGCGAGGUCACCGCCGUGGCCUGGUGCCCCACCGACCCCGACCGCCUCGCCUCGGCCGCCGACGACGCGACGGUCAGGGUGUGGGCCCGCCGCCCCCGCGCGCGCGACCCCGAGCCGGCGGCGGAGCGGUGCCCGCGCUCCGCGCGCCAGCUGCUCUCUGGCUUCCUCGGCCCAGCCGCGGCACGCGGCUGGGCCGGCGAGCCCGCCGAGCGCCCCGCGCCCUGCGAUGAGGGGCGAACAGGGCCAGCCUCGGACCCAGCCGCCCCCGAGCGCUGCGCCACCACGGCCAUCAGCGCCGGCGCGCUGCCGGGGCUGGCCACGCCCGCCACGCCGCGCGGGGCGGGGACGGGGGAGCGCGGCGGGGGCAGCCCGCCGCCCGCGUGGCGGCUGGCCGACUACGCCACCCCCGGCGGCGCGCUGGCGGGGCGGAGCGGCGCGGCGGGGAGCGGGGCCACGGGGAGGAAACGGGCGCGCCAAGCGAGCAUCGCGGCCUUCUUCACCUCGCCCCUGCGGAGACCCGUCAUCGACCUCACCUGCCAGGCCCCCGGCUGA